AUACGCAUAUUUCCGGAUAGUAUUAGUUUGGGAUCGGCAAGAAAUGACUUCCCAUGCCAUAAUAAGCAGUUUGAACUUUCCUACUAACUUCUCCUCACAACCCCAUUUCAAUUUUCGUUCCAAAACCAACUUUGCUUUAGCUUUUCAACUGUUAAGCAGAUCUACAAGAAGAGUUCUCUCAAAUCGUGCUAUGGGCUCUUAUGCUUCUUCUCAGAAACCCGACAAAGUUUAUGAGACAAGCAAGGUAGGUUAUACUUCUAUAAGUGAUGAAGAAUGGAAGAAGCGGCUCACAGGGGAACAAUUUUAUAUAACCAGGCAAAAGGGGACCGAGAGGGCUUUUACUGGGGAAUACUGGAACACCAAAACCCCCGGAAAUUACCACUGCAUAUGUUGUGAUACCCCUCUAUUUGAAUCAUCAACCAAAUUUGACAGUGGAACUGGUUGGCCAUCCUAUUAUCAGCCCAUAGGAGACAAUGUGAAGUCAAAGUUAGACUUGUCAAUUAUUUUCAUGCCUCGCCAAGAAGUUGUCUGUGCUGCUUGCAAAGCUCAUCUUGGUCAUGUCUUUGAUGACGGCCCCCCACCCACAGGAAAGCGUUAUUGUAUCAAUAGUGCCUCCCUGAAAUUGAAACCGAAUUAAGAGACCAAAGUCGGGCAAGCACACUAGAAGAAUACGAUCUUAUGCCAAAGUUUGAUAUGAAACUUGUAUGUAUAUUUGGACUAGUUGUUCUUUAAGCUCUUACUUUGAGACUGAAAUACUCGAAUUGUAUUGUCUAUGCUGAUUAUUUGUCAAUUGCUCCAAAUUGAGUAUGAGCAUACGACGAGAGUGACGAAAUACUUGUAGUGAAAUGUUGAAUGCAAUCAAUAAAUGCCUAUCAUAGAAUUGCAGAA